AAGCCCGUGUCAAGCUCUAUAAGUGACAAUAACGUCAUAACUGAGUCUGCAAAUAUGGCCGCUAGAGAGCGUCAUGUGUCACUCGUGCACUACCUCGAUCGUCAUAACAUUGGGUAUCAAUUUCGACACAUCUCAGUUACUCAAGAGCUUUAUUGGAGUGAGGAUGUAUGCUGCUGCGUGAACACUGGCAUAUUUUGUACUAUGUCAUCAUUGUAACUAAUGUGAGUAUUCCCUUACUAUGUUUAUUUUUUCAUGUACAAUGUAUUAAUUUGAGUUGAGACAGUAUUCAUGCAAACCUUUAAUGAGGCUAUAUGAAACUAUUCCAAGAUAUGACAGUCUUCAAGCAAACUACUACUAACAUCUAAGUAUUUACUCAAGUUAUGUCACUAUUACAACCCACUAAAACCUACAUAGCUUUCAAGGAAAUUAGUUGAUUUCAAUAUAUGACUCUAUUGAAGCAAACAAUAUGAUUCUUAACCAUUUUUUACAUAUUUUAUUUAGAAUUAGGUCGCUCUUCCCACAGAACAAGAGUGUCAUAUCAAUUUAAGCAAGAUUUAUGUCACUUUGUUAUUUUUUCUUCAAUGCCAAUGAACUGAAAAAUGCACUUAUUUCUUAUUUCUUCUUUGCAGAAAAUAUGAGUAGCAGAGGUAAGAAGCUCGUGAACUUGGCGUUGCAGUCCAAAAAGAACAUGAAUGGGUUAAAGCCUCCCCAAGUUGAUGACAAUAACUCCAAAACAUCAACCACUCCCAGUGCAUCACCAUAUGAAGUUCUGGAAACAAAUUGCUAUGAAGAUUCCAGUACUGGCACUCGGCAAGAGCUUCAGCCAAAACCAUCAACUUCGUCAAAAGCCGAUCAUCAAGUAUUAAACUCAUCCUCAAGUAAUUCGUCCUCAACAUCAAGUUCAUCUUCAGAGUCAAGUGAUACUUUAUGUAGUGACGUCGAUACAGAUGAUUCAGUUUCUGAUAAGGAUUACGUGCCUGAUAAAGAGGAUGAAACAGAUGAGACUGAAGAUGAAUCACUACCAAGAAAUCAGUCACUUUGUCCAGAUAAAUCAAAAGCAAGCCAGGAAAGCGUGUCUAUUUUGGUAAGUCCGGCGAAGAAAGGCAUCAAACGAAAGAGGCGUCCUGAAACAUGGAAGAGAAACAAACAAAAACAGCUGCGAAAUGCGGGAAAAGCCUACACCAUGCAUACCAAAAAAAAAACAAUGAGGACAGAAAGAAGAAUGAAACCACCUUGUGGUGAAAAAUGUAGGCUUAAUUGUUCAUCGAAAAUCGAUGAAGAAGCUAGAAUGGAGAUCUUCAACUCUUAUUGGGACUUGGGUGAAUUAUCCCUACAGCGCCAAUUUCUAGCCAAUUCAAUAACAGCCAUUGAACCGACCUAUAGAUACGUUCGCAUAGGUGGAAGUCGUCAGCCAAGAGCCUUGAACAGCGCAUUUCAUCUCCAUGUGAAUGGUGAGAAAGUUCGAGUAUGCAAGCUGUUUUUUAAGAACACCUUGGAUAUAAAUGACAGACCCAUACGCACUGUUCUAGAAAAACAGAAAAAAAUUGCUGGAACACUAUUGGAACCUGACCUCAGAGGAAAACAUGACAAUCAUGCUACUGUUAGUCAAGAAAUUCGAGAUGGAAUAAAGCAGCAUAUAGACUCCAUACCAAAAAUUGAAAGCCACUACACUCGAGCCAAUACUUCCAAGAUGUUCAUUGAUGGCAGCAAGUCAAUUGCUGACAUACACAAGGAUUAUGUAGCAAAAUGCAAAGAAGAACAGAAGCAGUUUGGAAAUUAUACACUCUUCUACAGAAUAUUCACAGAGGAGUAUAAUAUUUCCUUACACUCCCAAAAAGGAUCAAUGCGAUGUUUGCACCGCUUUUGA